GACACACUAUACAUCAGACAUUCAGAGUUACUGUCAGUGGUGGAGUGAAGUCAGUAUCGGUGAAUGAGGGAGAUUCAGUCACGCUGUACACUGAUACUGAAAUUCAGACCUAUGAUUUUAUUGAAUGGAUGUUUGGAGAUGAACGCACUCAGAUUGCUCAAAUGUAUAAACCAGAUGCACGCUUUGUCACGUAUGACGGGGAUGAUGGGAGAUUUAGAGAUAAACUGAAGCUGAAUGAUCAGACUGGAUCUCUCACCAUCACAAACAUCAGAACUGAACACAAAGGAGUUUAUGAAGUAAAGAUCAGCAGCAACAGACAUUCAUUACACAGGAGAUUCAUUGUGACUGUCACUGCAUUGGGUCUGUCUUCAGUUACUGUUGUAGGAAUAUGCAUUUUGUUUCUGCUUGUUGCUGGUGUGAUAGCUUCUGUGAUUUACUAUCGCUGCAGAUCUCACCGGAGGGUCAAAUUUUGUGAUAAGGAGAUGGAUGUGUUGGAGGGAGAUUCUGUUACUCUACACACCAGUCUUACUCACAUACAGAGAGAUGAUGUGAUCGAGUGGAGGUUUGGACAUGAAGAAGUCACCAUUGCUAAAAUCAGCAAGUGUGUUGAUAAGAGAUUUAAAGACGGACUGACACUGAACCCUCAGACUGGAGAUCUUACCAUCAAUAACAUCAGUAAUGAACAAUCUGGACUUUAUCAUCUAAAUAUCAUCAAACGUAAAAAACUCAAAUCCAAGAAAUUCAAUGUGAUUGUCAUCGGUGAAGUAAUGACAGUGAAUGCAGGAGAGUCUGUCACUUUAGAGACUCAUGUUACUGAAAUACAGAGAGAUGAGAAGAUCGAGUGGAUGUUUGGAGAUGAAGAAACUGUCAUAGCUCAGACUGACAGCGCCUUUGAUAUCUUCAGUACAUAUGAUGGUGAUAAUGAUGUAUUCAGAGAUACACUGGACCUGGAUCAUCAGACUGGAGAUCUCACCAUCAAUGGCAUCAAAAACGAACACGCUGGUGUUUAUACACUAAAGAUCAUCAUCAGUGGAAAUGUCUCUUUUAGGAGACUGCGUUUAUCUGUCACAGAUAUCACUGCAAAUGAUUUGAAUGAGUCAAUGAAUUCAAAUGUACCUUUAAUGAACAGUGCCAGCAGCGGUGAUGUGCUUCCAGUGUAACCUGAUCAUCAUAACAAACACAUUGUUUAAAUGUAAAUAUCAGAUUUUAUUUUUGUUACUGAAUACAGACAAUGUGUACUCUAUGUAAUAUUUGUUGUUUCAUGCAUCUUUUACAGUCUUAUAAGCUUAAAUAUGUAAUGUGUAGAUAACAUACACCAUCAUUUCACUGACUGAUGUGUAUUUUUCUGUUGAUAUCAAAAGUCACUGUAGCCAGCAUACUUUUUACUGCAAAAACUAGUGGUAAAUCAGUAUUCAUAAGCAGUAUUCAUGAUAAAACUGUGUAUAUUUAUUACCAAUCAGCUUCUGAAGUGUGCCGCCAAUGGACAUGUUUCAAUCCCAUAAUAGAAGCCAUAAUAUUUAUAAAGUAAAACAUAUAAAUUACUUGUGAAUCGGACAUGUAACACUUUUAAAAUGUCAUAGUGUUCCUGUAGCUCUAGGGAUAGAAAAAAUUCACUGUAGGAUGAAAUCUUUUGCCAAAUGAAUAAAUAUGUGCUAAACAUACUAACAAUGUUUUUCAUGGUGAAAUACUUGUAUAUAGAAACAGUAAUAUAUACUGUGCAGUGAUUUUAAUACUUUGAUAUUGCUGAUCCACAUAAAUGUAUUAAUUAUUGC